AUGUCUAGACGUAGUUGCUUCGGUUGUGGUGAAGAAAGGGAGGAUACAUCUCCGAUUCAAAUAUAUUCGGACUCCAAAAACGUAAACAAAAAAAGAGGGGCCAGAUCAAAAGCAGCAGAUGAGGCGUUUGAGAGACCAGAAUACGAUUUUAUUUUAUUUUCGGAGUUCCGGGAUUUUACAUUUGAAGUUCUAAAGCAAUUGGAUAACCAAGCAAAGGCACUUAAGCAAUUAUGCAGGAAGUAUAACAUCGCAGUGUCACAUCAUGAGCGUGAAUAUAUCUGUGCGUGUUGUGCUUCGCAAAGUGUUGGUAUAAAUACAAAACAAAACGAAGAUAAGUUAGCAUAUGCCGAAGUAAUUUGUAAUAAUAUCAAAAAAAAGGGUAGCAAGACUACCCACAAAAAUCUCAAUAAAAAAGAGGCCAGGAAACCAGCGUUAAUAAGCGAAGUGGCUGGCGAUUUGAGAGUUAGUAACCAAACUACGACAACAACGACGAGUCUGAUUCCCAGUGCUUCGCAAACGGUACUCAAUGGUAGAAAUCCUGAGAUACUUCGUGGAAGGAAUGUGGAAUCAUUAGAAAUACGGGCUACUCAAAGAAAGAAGCACCUUCAUAUCUGGCGAUUAAGUUUAGAUACUACGGAGGAAAAAUUGACAUCGUAUAUAAAAGGAAUAUGUGGCAUUGAAGUGGACGUUAAGGUUAUUAAAAUUAAGUCCAAAAAAGUAAAGGAAUAUGCCUCCUUUAUUGUAACGGUAUCGGAGUCGGUGUAUGAAAAGUUAUAUUCACCGGAAGUAUGGCCCGUGAACACCGAGUGCUGUCAAUGGUUUUGGUUUCGGAAGCCAAAAAAUAAAACAGAGGAAACUGUAAAACGGUUAAAGCCUAGUAGAUAUAGUAAUUAUCGUAAAUAUUGCUAUCCUGAAUGGUAUACUAAGGAAAUUAUAAGUGACCUGCAGCUAAAAGCAAAAUUACACAAGAAAUAUAAAUGCACUAAUUCUCCGAACGACUACCGUGAUUUUUCUGCUUGUAGCGCACGCAUUAAAUUGAAUAUUAAGCUUGCGUUUGAAUGUUAUGAAGAAAGGAUACAGAAUAAUUUAGUUAACGAUCCUAAGUCUUUUUGGCUGUAUAUAAGGGCGCGGAAUAGUAAUUCUGCACAUCAAAAUUCUAUUUUAAAAAAUGGUGAGGUAUUAUCAGAUGCAGAUUGUGCGGCUGAAUUUGCGGCGUAUUUUUACUCAGUCUUCAGUAGGGAGACCGCGCGGCUGAAUGUGGAGGAGGCGAUGGCAGCGGGUACCGGGAGCGGCUCAUACGUGCACGUACCUGAAUUGACAUCAGCGCAGGUAAGAGAUGCCCUUGUCCGUCUAAAGCCGAAGCGCUCGGCAGGCCCAGAUGGCAUACCAGCAUAUAUUAUGAGGGACUGCCGUUCUAUACUUGCUGAGCCCCUUGCGUAUUUGUUUAAUCUAUGCCUGGACAACGGUUACUUUCCAGAUUGCUGGAAAAUCACAAGAGUGAUUCCUAUACCCAAAAGCGAAAGAAAAGACUCGGUGGAAGCAUAUAGACCGGUGGCUAUAUUAUCGACUCCCGCUAAAAUAUUCGAAGGAGCUCUGCACAAAAACAUUUUAAAACAAGUAGAACCGUACUUGUCAGACUGCCAGCGUGGCUUUAGGCCCUUGCGUAGUACAAGCAGUAAUUUACUAAACGCAAUUAAUUAUGUUAUUCCUAUUAUGGACGCCGGAUUGCAGGUAGAUGCUGCAUAUUUUGAUUACAGGAAGGCGUUUGAUGUCGUGGAUAAUGACAUACUGUUAUCGAAAUUGGCCAGUAUUGGAUUCACUCCAAAACUAUUACAUUUUUUUGCUAAUUAUCUGAAAGAUAACGAUCUAAAAUUACUCCUGUCAAUCCAAGAGGUGGACGACUGUGAACACUUGCAAGGAGAUAUAGAUAGAGUAUGUGAGUGGAGCAAUAAAAAUAAGCUCCAAUUAAAUAUUGACAAAUGUGCCAUGGUGACAUUUAGUCGUGCCAAAAUGCCUCGUCAUCAUGAGUACAAUGUGUCGGGGGUGCUACUCAAGCGGGAAACGUCAGUAAGAGACUUAGGAGUGCGAGUGGAUGCCCAACUGAAUUUCCGAAAUCAUGUAGUGGACAUUUGUAAGAAAGCAUACGCAAGAAUGGGAUUUGUGCUUCGAAGGGCAACAACGUUCACUAAUAUUAAAGCCAUCUCAAGCUUGAACAACGCGUUAGGAAGAAGCAUGUUAGAGUGUAACUCGUCUGUUUGGGCUCCGCAAGAAGCUAAAUACUGCCUUAUGUUGGAGCGCAUACAGAAAAAAUUUACACGAUACCUAUAUAGCAGACUGUAUGGCGUCUAUCCCUACUAUCCUUUAAUGUACCCGACAUUAUUUGUCUUAGGGAUGGUGGGGUACAAUAAAUUGGAAACCAGACGGGACUUACAGUUGGCCUACUACGUAGUGAAAGUCUUGAGGGGUGUAGUGUGCAACCCAAGUGUACUCCAAGAACUGGGUUUCUUAGUACCGAUGGGAUAUGUGCGACGGCGAAGGCCUAGGUUAUUUGCGAUACCAAGGGCAAGAACCAGUCUGUUGCACAGAUCCCCGUUAUCAAAGACGUUGCGCCUACUGAAUGCUGUCUCCGACACUAUCGACAUAUUUAUAUGUUCGCAGAGUGAAUUCACAGUAGCGAUAUUGUGUAUAUUAUGUGUUUAA